UGUGACGUAAAGGUUCCUAUCUUAUGUCAGCCGGUUGUUAUUCAACCAACCCUUAGUAUCUGCUGACACUUUGCUGUUCCAGUUAUUGUUAUAUUAACAUUAAACUGAAACAAUAACCGCCGCAGUAACUCUCAGAUAAGAUGAGAUUGCCACGGCGGAUCCUCACUCUGCACACAUCCCCUGUGAGGAGAGCGUCCUCAGUCCCUGCCGGUAUGGUGAGCUUUGUCCCCGCCUGCAGCACCACUGAUGCCCACUCCAUGGAGCUGCUGCAGGACUUUGUGUCCCGAGCCAGACGCCUGUUUGUCAUCACUGGAGCUGGACUCUCCACCGAGUCAGGGAUCCCAGAUUACCGCUCAGAGGGCGUCGGGCUGUAUGCUCGCACUGACAGGAGACCCAUGCAGCAUGCAGAGUUUGUCCGCAGUGCAAAGUCCCGUCAGCGCUACUGGGCCAGAAACUUUGUUGGGUGGCCGCAGUUCUCCUCACAUCAGCCAAACUCUGCACACCGGGUCCUGCAGCGGUGGGAGGAGAGAGGCAAGCUGCACUGGCUGGUGACUCAGAAUGUGGAUGCUCUUCAUUCAAAGGCAGGACAGAAAAGAUUGACUGAGCUCCACGGCUGCACCCACAGGGUGGUGUGUCUUGGCUGUGGUGCCAUCUCAGCGAGGGAGGAGCUGCAGAAGAGAUUUGUGGCACUAAACCCAGACUGGAGGGCGCAUGCAGGCGGAGUGGCUCCGGACGGUGACGUGUUCAUAGAGGACGAGCAGGUCCUCCACUUCAGAGUUCCCUCCUGUGAGGACUGUGGAGGGAUACUGAAGCCAGAGGUCACUUUUUUUGGAGACACUGUAAAGAAAGAGACAGUGAACUUUGUGCACGAGAGGCUGGCAGAGUCUGAUGCGGUGUUAGUCGUGGGGUCAUCGUUACAGGUUUAUUCAGGAUACAGGUUUUUACUGGCUGCAAGUGAUCGGAAAAUGUCAGUCGCCAUCCUGAACAUUGGAUCCACGAGGGCAGAUCACCUGGCCGAGCUGAAAGUGAGCGGCCGCUGUGGCGAAGUGCUCUCUGUCCUUCAACAUCUCUGACUGUCAUGGGCAUGCAGUUUGGAUAUUCUACAUUAAGAUGGUAAAAAACUACCUCAGAUUCAAGCAGGUUAACAAAACAAUCAACUUCAGGAUUGACUGUCUCAGCUGCAAUAGAAGAAUUUGCUGCUAUCAUCAAAGUCGAACUGACAAAUCUACUCUCACCUAUUAUGCUGAAGUAAAGAAAAGUCUGCUUGUUUGGAGAUUCAACUUCUCUGCGAGCAGCAGAUGGUGCGAGGGAAUCAACAAACAGCGACACGUUUCACUCUGCCAGGAGAAACAGAAAGACUCAAGCUGUACUGUGUUUGGCUUCGCCGCUCUGGGUUUUGGCUUCACAGAAUAUGUGCGGUUGAUGAUGCAGCAUGUGUGGUUCACUGUGUGAAGGCCCAGAGUUUAAAGCUGCAGGCUGUGAAAUGACAAGUGUGAGGAGGGAGCCCCAGGGUUUGUCUUCUCAGGCUGUUUACUGAUGCUGCUUUUAUUUAAAUGAAAUAAGCUCAGAAUUAAACUGUAUUGUAUUGGGGGGGACACGGUUAAAGGGAAAAUUCACCCCAAAAUUUAAAAAGAUACAUAUUUUUCCUCUUUCCUUUUAUUCUAUUGAUCUAUCUAGAUUGUUUUGGUGUGAGUUUCAGAGUGGCGGAGCUAUUGGACAAAAAAAAAUUCAGAUCCUAAAAUUAGAAAUGCAUUUUUUUUGUUGUUGCUGUGAGCAGUUCCAUUUAAACCUAACCGCUCACAAGAAGGUCUGAGGAUCAUCUUGAGGAACCAGGUCAUGAUUGCUGGAUUGCAACAUUAACUCCCGAGAAGGCAGAAAUUUCUACAUUCAUUUUCUCGAACACUCAGCAACUCACAACAAAACGAACUAGAUUGAUAAAUAGAACUACAGGUAAGAAGAAAAAUAUCUAUUUUUGAUUUGGGGGUGAACUGUCCCUUUAAGUUGUCUUCUUCUUUGGUAAGACUACAAAACGUCUGUGAAGUUGCAAGCUGCUGUUGCCAAACGGUUAAAAUAAUGUUGUGGGUAAGACAGUAGAGAGGUGAUUUCACAACAAUUUGGCAACAAAUACAAGAGAUAAUACUAAAUGUACUGCAAUCAUCUAGUUUUUAAAGAUUCAUUUGUUCUAUCCUGGGAUUAUUUAGUCUCAGGUUUUUAUAUAUUGGUGCUGACAUUUAUGGGAUCUACAGCUAAGUGCUAAGAGUCAUUAAAAUUGACCUUUUGCCAACGUGGUCAACCAUCUAGGUAUAUGAGUUCAAGGCUUGAAAUGUGUUUUUAAUCAACCUGUCAAACAGUAAAUCAUGUUUUACCUGAAACUUAUGCAAAUGUUAUUUAUGUCAUAAAGACAGCAU